UUCUUGGGGGUGAGUUUUCUUUUAGAAGAGUCGGAAGGAGAAGUAAGGAAUAGGAGUUCAGCUCAAGUCGAGGGAUUCCAGGAACGGAAAGGGACAAAAGGGGGCUGAUGCCAGCCUGGUGUCUUUCCCUGGUGUCUCUUCCAGAAAGACCCUGGGCCAGGCCUCAGGGAGACAGUGAGACAAAGAGCGCUCCGUGCAGGUGGAGAGGAAUCAGGGUAAAGCCCGGGGCUCUGGAAGGCCUGGCUCUGGAAGUCCCAGUCCUGAGAGCCUGGAGCGUCUGGGGCAGGGAAGCCCAGUCCCUUACUCUGCGUGUUUCUCUUCUCGCUCUCACAACCUGCCAGGUCCUCCCGUCUGGAUACUCAUGACGUAGUCCCAGCUCGCACUCCCAUUGUCCGGUUUCUAGAGAAGCCAAUCAGCGUCACCGCGGUUCCCGGCCUGUCCGUGGCACAGACCCGCCGGGACUUAGUUCCUCCAGACCCCAGGGAUGCGAGUCGUGAUGCCCCGAACCCUUGUCCUGCCGCUGUCGGGGACCCUGGCCGUGACCAAGACCUGGGCGGAUGAGUGCUGGGGCGAGAGGAAAAGUCUUCUGCAGCAGGAGCAAGGGGACCGCCCAGCGGGACCCCCGGGGAGGAGCCUCUCCGCUGCCCCCGCUCCCGGCCCCGCCCCUCCCCGCCUCCGCCCCGCUCUCCCGCCCUUGGUACCCCUCCCCCUGCCCUCCCGGCCGCCUCCCGCUGCGCCUCGGCCCCUUGCCGGGAGCAAGGUAGCGCGGGGUCUCAGCCCCUCCGCGCCCGCAGGCUCCCACUCCCUGAGGUAUUUCUCCACCGGCGUGUCCCGGCCCGGCCGCGGGGAGCCCUGCUUCAUCAUCGUCGGCUACGUGGACGACACGCAGUUCGCGCGGUUCGGCAGCGACGCGGCGAGUCUGAGGAUGGAGCCGCGGGCGCAGUGGAUGGAGCGGGAGGGGCCGGAGUACUGGGACCGAAACACCAGGAAGGCUAAGAACCAAGCACAGACUUGCCGAGUGAGCCUGCACACCCUGCGGGGCUACUACAACCAGAGCAAGGCCGGGUCUCACACCGUCCAGUGGACGUCUGCCUGCGAAGUGGGGCCCGACGGGAACCUCCUCCGCGGGUACAUGCAGUUCGCCUACGACGGCGCGGAUUACCUCGCCCUGAACGAGGACCUGCGCUCCUGGACCGCGGCGGACACGGCGGCGCAGAUCACCCGGCGCAAGCGGGAGGUGGCCGAUGAGGCGGAGCAGCGGAGAAACUACCUGGAGGGCACCUGCGUGGAGUGGCUCGGCAGGUACCUGGAGAACGGGAAGGAGACGCUGCAGCGCGGAGAUCCCCUGAAGACACAUGUCUCCCACCAUCCCAUCACUGAACCUGAGGUCACCCUGAGGUGCUGGGCCCUGGACUUUUACCCUGCGGAGAUCACCCUGACCUGGCAGCGGGAUGGGGAGGACCUGACCCAGGACACAGAGCUUGUGGAGACCCGGCCUGCAGGAGACGGGACCUUCCAGAAGUGGGCGGCCGUGGUGGUGCCUCCUGGACGGGAGCAGAGAUACACGUGCCAUGUGCAGCAGGAGGGGCUGUCCGAGCCCCUCACCUUGAGAGGGCGUAAGGAGGGAAACGGGCUUGGAGGCUCCUGGAGGAGCCAGUGUGGAGAAUGUUAGUAGGGUCAAGGCUGAGAGCAGGGACAGGGCCCUCUCCUUACCCUCUCUUCCCAGAGUCCCCUCCUCGGCCCCCAAUUCCUGUCGUGGGCAUCGUGGCUGGUCUGGCUGUCGUUGUGGUCACCGGCGCUAGGGUGGUUGGAGCUGUCACGUGGAGGAAGGAGAGCUCAGGUGGGGAAAGGGGGUGCUCCGCGUUUUCUUGUCCUUCUGCAGUGUUUCAAGCCCAGGUGGAAGUGUGUCCUGCUUGUUUGUGGGCAGAGCUGUCCCCACACAUGUGCUCGCGCACGUGCGGCUCGUGGCUACAGUCACUGUAGUAAAGCACAGGUGGAAGAGGAAGGAGUUGAGCUGAGGGUGCCCGUGAGUAUGGAGGGGGUGAUCCCUGAGACCCUGAGACGGUGUAGACGGGACCCCUCGGGAGCUCACCCACCCCACAGCUCCUCCUUUGGUUUCAUCUCCUGUGAGUCUGACCACAGUCUGUCUGUCCUGCCCCAGGCAGUGACAGUCCCCAGGGCUCUCUCUGCUCCUAUAGGUGUGUCGGGGAGCGUCAGGGAGCGGGGCGCAGUUGGGACGGCGCACAAGUCAGGACGCUUGCUCCCUGCAGCCCUUCCUCUGAGCUGAGGCUGCGGUCCCGCGCCGCUCGACCUGAGACGACAGGUAGCGCGCACACACACGCGUCCACGCGGGCAUCUUCUGCGUAGGUGCCGUGUAGCUGGGGGACCAGCACGAAACAGGUUAGCCGCGCGGCCCGGAGCCGGAGCCGCCGUCGGGCGACAGGCUGCGUCUGCCACCGCAAGCCCGGCCCUGCCGCGGGCACAGAUGUCCCCGCGCGCGCGGCAGUCCGCCGAGGCGGGACACUGGCCGCCGCAGCCGUCCGUGGGCCUGGGGUUGCACUGCCACUCACGUCACCUGUCACACGCCUCGUGUGCAGUGGCAGCCUCUGUCAGCGGGUCGUGAGUCGGUCCCGCGUGUGGCCCCCUGUCUGGCGGAGCCUCGGGCCGGGUCGCAUUGGAAGGCUGUGGGGAAAACAGGUCCUCCUCUUCUGCGGAGGGAGGAGGGAGGCGGGCUCCUCCGAAGGCCCUGACCGGGCAGUUCUCCUGUGGGAAGGCCGCUCCGGUGCUGGGGGCGGGGGAGGGAGAAAGAGCAACUCAUCGCCGGUCCUGGAGCACAGAUGUGAGGCUGCCGCUCGAUCUGGCGCUUUGUAGGCGCUCAGGCUCGGCCCAAGGACCACCGGGCUAAUAAAUGGGAAUUCUCCUCUCGUUCCCCGGAUGCCACCUGGUGAGACCCAGCUGUUGUCCACUGCAGUUUGGCCAGGUGGGCUGGUGGCCCAAUGACUCAGGGCGUGUGUGCCCAGCCGUCGCUCUGGCAAGGACGAGAACGCCCGGGUCUGUAAGUCGUGAGCGGGUCUGUGUGCGCGCCCACGUGUGGGUGAAUCUUUCUGUCUCGCUGUGCAGGGGCUCCUCUGGGGAGAGAGUCUCUAGCAUCUGUCAGCUUUUACGUGACCGUGGCACGCAUGAAAAACCAACAGUGAAGGAGCCCAGAGCACCGGCCUAGUAGCUGGAGUGUCCCACAAAGUCGGGACUGUUCACGCACAACAGGCCAACCGGGAACAUGGAAGGACCGUGAACAGCUGGUCGCAGACAGACAGACGUGAUAGCCAUGCUUCCGCUCUGCUUAUCCUUUACUCCUGGACGAGAUGAGCACUCUGACCAAUUGCAUCUACCACUGGGUGAGCAAAACCCAAUCCAGAAUACGAGUUCCUGUCAAGGCCCAUUUGUAGCCCCUCGGGGUUACCGGUUCCACUCUGACUUGCCAGCUACGGUCAAGGCUUUCCUACAGGGGACCGGCCUCCUAGCUCUCUGUAGAGUUUGGUUGGCAGCCAGAACAGUUCUUUUUGGUAUUUUGGGCCACAGAGGAUGCAAGUGGACUCUAGAGUUCCAGGCCUUCUCUGCAUUGCCACAGCCCCCACUGUCCCCUUAUUUCACUGACCUACGUGGUUACCUCGAGAGAGGACGACACCAGGAUACCCACUCAUCCAUUUCAAUCGACUUCCAAACUCAGAAGGUGGUUCUUGUGAUGAGCAUCAACAUGUCCUCCUUUAAUGCACCCCUCAAAUUCCUGUAGUGUUCGAGGGUCCAGCCCCCAUGUGGUUAUCCCUUUAAUAGACCUUGUUUCCGUUGUCCUGCUGCCUGACCAUGUGGCCUGGCUGUUGGCCACUGCCCAUGAGUUGGUAAAUUCCAAACACAGGAGUUUUUCUCAUUGUUCCAUUUUUUUCCCUACUGUGAAUCAACAUAAACAUUAAAACUACCCUAUGACUGAAGUAAAAAAUAAUCCUGAGACUGACAGCCAUGUAAUCUUGGAUAAUGUUGGAAAAACACUCUAAAGGAGAGGACCGUGCCCAGAAAAAUUCCAUUAAGGGGUGCCUGGGUGGCUCAGUCGCUAAGCGGCUGCCUUCGGCUCAGGUCAUGAUCCCAGGGUCCUGGGAUC